AUGUUGGGUGAGAAGUUGUGCUUUGAAGACCCUUUCCACAAGGUCUUUGUUGUGCAUUUCAACCGAGAUACUAAUAAGCCUGCUCUCCACGAAGGAUGGAGCUCUAUUUCUGAAUUUUAUGGCCUGGUGGAAAGACAUUGGUGUCUUCUCAAGUUGGUUGCUCCAUGUGUUUUUCACAUGUCAAUAUUUGAUGAGGAGCAUAAGGAGAUCCCUUACUAUUUUGUUGGUCACCAAGAUUUUCCCCCCGUUCCUCAACCAGAACCAGUUGUCCAAGUUAUCACUUCCAAUCCAGAAGUUGUGUAUGGAGAAGAGGUUGAUGUGGGAAUGGACCAAGUAGUGCCAUUUCUCGCUUCAUCUCCACGAACUGUACUCUUGCCAGAGGAAAUAGAACAUCAAGUUGUUCCUGAGUUUGUUCCUUCAGGAUCUGAUGAGGAAGAACUUGUGUACCAGCGUGUUUUGAGAACGGUGUUGUCUCCAUACAUGUGCUACGCAAGUCAAUACGCAUUAAUGGCUGCUUCCAAUGGUCUUGGGAAUGCUCUGUGUGAGGAAUCAGUUCAAGCACGGAAUAAGAGGAAGCAAAUAAUUUCUAGCAAGAAAAGAGCUCAACAGAUGUCUAUAAACCAAGUUUGUCAAAAUGCUACUAAGACGAGGAAGAAUACUUCAAGCUCCCCUUUGUCUGACAUAACGAACAACCUGACCAAUCCUGUGUUUCAACCACCUGUUGGAAUUAAUUCUCAGAAAUCUCUCAACGACUCAUUGACUACACCAGAUAUUUCAGGGACAAACAGCACCGUUUGCUUCCCUUCGUCCCAGAAUAGAUCUUUUACAUGUUCAUUAUCCACAUUUCCAUAUGGGAUGUCCAAUGAAACAACUUCCAGAGUGGUUCGUAGUAAAAAAAUUCACAAUGCUGCAGCUGCUAGGUUAAGGAGGUUAAAUUAUAUGAAAAGUAACAAUCCUCUAAAUCUGGACAUUACUGAAGAUAUUUCAAGGCUGAAUCAAAACAAUAAAACAAAAACAUGUUUAAUGAAUAACAUUGAAGCAAGUUCUUCGAAGAGUGGUAAUGAUGCCUAUAAUUUCCAAGUUUCUGGAUCUCAUUGUCGCCAGUUGUUGGUGGAGUUUAAUGCUGAAAGUCACUCUUCACAGUCUUUGUUAGAUCUUUAUGAUGGUGCUGAGUUGAUAGUAUUUAACUUGCAGUGUUUUGUUGCCUUUGAAAUAGAUGAAAUAGAUUUGGGGGAUGCAUCUUAUAGGUGCCGCAUUUGCCACGCGAAUUUUUGGUAUGAAGAAAGGGUUAGUAAAAGUAAGCGUUCCACAAAUCCUGAAUUUUCGGUUGAAUCAGCUGUGAACAAUGGUGGAGGUCCUCCACAAUUUGUAUUGAGUGGCCAAAAUUAUCAUAGAAUUGGUACACUCCUCCCUCAACUAGGAGAUGUUCCCAAAUUUGCUCAGCUUUACAUAUAUGAUACACACAAUGAGAAUAAGAAUCGAAUGAAGCCGUUCAUGGCUUCUAACAAUCCAGAUCCAUUGGAUAUUUCUUUAGUGGAUGAAUUGAAGGGAAUGAUUGAUGAGAAUAACGUGCUAGCUAAGUCAUUUCGUAAGGUACGAGAUUAUGUAAUGUCAAAUGAAUCAUCAUCAUUUGCCUUGCGUCUAUUUCGGAAAAGAGGUAAAGACCCUCGAACAUAUAAUUUGCCUACAUCUGAUGAGAUUGCAGCCCUAAUUGUAGGGGAUCUUGAAAAUGUUGAAGUUGCACGGAAUAAGAGGAAGCAAAUAAUUUCUAGCAAGAAAAGAGCUCAACAGAUGUCUAUAAACCAAGUUUGUCAAAAUGCUACUAAGACGAGGAAGAAUACUUCAAGCUCCCCUUUGUCUGACAUAACGAACAACCUGACCAAUCCUGUGUUUCAACCACCUGUUGGAAUUAAUUCUCAGAAAUCUCUCAACGACUCAUUGACUACACCAGAUAUUUCAGGGACAAACAGCACCGUUUGCUUCCCUUCGUCCCAGAAUAGAUCUUUUACAUGUUCAUUAUCCACAUUUCCAUAUGGGAUGUCCAAUGAAACAACUUCCAGAGUGGUUCGUAGUAAAAAAAUUCACAAUGCUGCAGCUGCUAGGUUAAGGAGGUUAAAUUAUAUGAAAAGUAACAAUCCUCUAAAUCUGGACAUUACUGAAGAUAUUUCAAGGCUGAAUCAAAACAAUAAAACAAAAACAUGUUUAAUGAAUAACAUUGAAGCAAGUUCUUCGAAGAGUGGUAAUGAUGCCUAUAAUUUCCAAGUUUCUGGAUCUCAUUGUCGCCAGUUGUUGGUGGAGUUUAAUGCUGAAAGUCACUCUUCACAGUCUUUGUUAGAUCUUUAUGAUGGUGCUGAGUUGAUAGUAUUUAACUUGCAGUGUUUUGUUGCCUUUGAAAUAGAUGAAAUAGAUUUGGGGGAUGCAUCUUAUAGGUGCCGCAUUUGCCACGCGAAUUUUUGGUAUGAAGAAAGGGUUAGUAAAAGUAAGCGUUCCACAAAUCCUGAAUUUUCGGUUUGUUGUAUGAAAGGAAAGGUUGUUCUACCAUUGCUGUCCAAACCUCCAUUGCUUUUAUAUAAUUUGAUUCAUGGAAGAGAUUAUCGAUCCAAACAUUUCAUAGAUAAUAUUAGGGCAUAUAACAGUAUGUUCGCAUUUACUUCUAUUGGUGGGAAGGUUGAAUCAGCUGUGAACAAUGGUGGAGGUCCUCCACAAUUUGUAUUGAGUGGCCAAAAUUAUCAUAGAAUUGGUACACUCCUCCCUCAACUAGGAAAUGUUCCCAAAUUUGCUCAGCUUUACAUAUAUGAUACACACAAUGAGAAUAAGAAUCGAAUGAAGCCGUUCAUGGCUUCUAACAAUCCAGAUCCAUUGGAUAUUUCUUUAGUGGAUGAAUUGAAGGGAAUGAUUGAUGAGAAUAACGUGCUAGCUAAGUCAUUUCGUAAGGUACGAGAUUAUGUAAUGUCAAAUGAAUCAUCAUCAUUUGCCUUGCGUCUAUUUCGGAAAAGAGGUAAAGACCCUCGAACAUAUAAUUUGCCUACAUCUGAUGAGAUUGCAGCCCUAAUUGUAGGGGAUCUUGAAAAUGUUGAAGUUGGUAGGGAUAUUAUAGUUAAAAAAAAUGGUGUCCUAACAAGGAUCCAUGAAACUCAUACCUGCUUUAUUCCAUUACAAUAUCCAUUGAUAUUUCCUUUUGGUGAAGAUGGUUGGCAAGAAGAUAUUCCGUUAAGUGGUGUGUCGGCAUCUCUUAGUUCUCGAUUGAAACCUCGGGUCACAUUACGAGAAUUUAUAACCUUUAGGAUUCAAGAAAGGGAUCUUGAGCAUGGGAAUGUUGUCUUUUGUAGAAGGCUUUUCCAACAGUUUUUGGUAGAUUGUUAUACCAUGAUAGAAUCUCAGAGGCUAUCAUAUGUCCGCAACAAUCAAAAAAUAAUUAGAGCUGAUUUCCUUAAUGGGUUGGAAGAAGCAAUGUGUAGAGGAGAAACAGACCCAGGUCAAUUAGGAAUGCGUAUUGUAUUGCCGUCCUCAUUUGUUGGUGGACGUCGCUAUAUGUUUGAUUGUUGUCAAGACGCAAUGGCUAUUUGUAAGCGUUAUGGUUAUCCUGAUCUCUUCAUAACUGUUACAUGCAAUUCUGCAUGGAAAGAAAUUGAUAGAUUUGUUCGUCAGAGGAAUUUAAGGCCAGAUGAAAGGCCAGAUAUAUGUUGUCGAAUCUUCAAGAUGAAGCUGGACCAUUUAAUUGGAACUUUGAAGAGUGGCAUUAUAUUUGGUCCUUUAGAUGCAGGUAUGUACACAAUUGAGUUCCAAAAAAGAGGGUUGCCACAUGCACAUAUUCUCCUAUGGCUUUCGAAGAACAACAAGUUAGUAACAACCUCUGAUAUUGAUAAAUUCAUUUCAGCAGAAAUUCCUGAUCCUAUUCUACAUCCUAGAUUGAACAAGGUUGUGUCUACUUAUAUGUUACAUGGUCCAUGUGGCUCUGGUUUUUCAAAAUCUCCUUGCAUGUCAAAUGGGAAAUGUACCAAGUUCUUCCCAAAGAAUUUUCAGGAAACUACUAUAAUUGAUGAUGAUGGUUAUCCUGUGUACAGAAGGAGAGAUACUGGAGUGUAUGUUGAGAAGAAAGGUCUUCGAAUGGACAAUAGUUAUGUUGUUCCUUAUAACCCUCAACUACUUAUGUUAUAUAAUGGUCAUAUCAACGUGGAAUAUUGCAACAAAUCUAAUGCAAUCAAGUAUCUCUUCAAGUAUGUUAGUAAAGGUCCUGAUCGUGUUAAUAUUGAAAUAAGCAAUCAGAGAGAAGAUGGGGCAGAACUUGAGGUAAAAGAUGAAAUUAAACAAUAUUAUGAUUGUAGAUAUCUUACCCCAUGUGAGGCUGUUUGGAGGACUUUCAAAUAUUAUAUUCAUGUGAAGUGGCCAGCUGUCAAGAAAGUUACUUUCCACCUUGAGGAGAAACAAAGUAUUUGCUUCAAAGAUAGUGAUAAUUUGGAGUAUAUUGUUAAAAAAGCAUCUAAAAAAGACACAAUGUUCUUAGCUUGGAUGAAAGCUAAUGGUUUAUAUGAAGAGGGAAAAUCACUAACUUAUGCUGAAUUUCCUUCAUAUUUUGUUUUUGAUGAGGAAUCUCAUUCAUGGCAUCCAAGGAAGCAAGGAUAUUCUAUUGGAAGACUCCAAUAUAUCCCUCACGGGAUUGGGGAGCUUUAUUAUUUGAGGAUCCUCCUAACUCGGCAGAAAGGAUGUACUUCAUGGGAAAGCAUUCGUACUAUUGAAGAUGUUGUGUAUCCUUCUUUUCAUGAUGCAUGUUAUGCACUAGGAUUGUUAGCAGAUGAUCGAGAAUUUAUAGAUGCUAUUGUUGAAGCAAAUGAGUUAGCUUCAGGCAUACAGCUUCGAAGAUUCUUUGUGAUGUUGCUCACAACAAACACUAUGAGCAAACCCGAAUUUGUGUGGGAAAAAUCAUGGCGGAUUUUGUCAGAUGGAAUUUUGUAUGAAAGGCGAAAAAAGCUAGGCAUACCGGAUCUGCACAUAAGUGACGCAGAUUUACGAAAUCUUUGCUUGGUAGAAUUGGACAAAUUACUUCACUUGAACGGACGGUCUCUAAAAGACUAUUCUUGCCUACCUUUUCCAGAUCUAUUUGAGGAGUGCCAGUAUGAGAACAAAUUCGUUGCUGAUGAAUUGAAUUAUAAUAAAGUUGAAAUGGUCAGUUUGCACGAAUCACUCAUAGAUUCAUUGACUGAAGAACAACAUCAAAUAUACAAUGUUAUAAUGAAAGCAGUCAUGGAUAAAACUGGAGGACUAUUUUUUCUAUAUGGCUCUGGUGGUACCGGCAAAACAUAUUUGUGGAAUACCUUAUCUGCUGGUAUAAGGUCAAAAGGGUUGAUUGUUUUGAAUGUUGCUUCAAGUGGAAUUGCUUCUUUACUUCUCCCUGGUGGAAGGACAGCUCAUUCCAGGUUUUCUAUUCCUAUUUCUAUUAAAGAUACCUCAACUUGCAAUGUUUCGUUAGGUUCUUUAAAAGCUGAGCUAUUAAAGAAAACUAAUUUGAUCAUUUGGGAUGAAGCUCCAAUGUUGAAUAAAUUUUGUUUUGAAGCAUUGGAUAGGACUUUAAAUGACAUAAUGAAGUCCAAUUCAACUUUACCCAAUGAUAUGCCAUUUGGUGGUAAAGUUGUUGUUCUUGGUGGAGAUUUCAGACAAAUAUUACCAGUUAUUCAGAAAGGUAGUCGUUAUGAUAUAGUAGAUGCCUCUAUCAUUUCUUCUUAUCUUUGGAAACAAUGUCGUGUUCUUCUAUUGACAAAGAAUAUGAGGCUACUUAAAUCUGAAGUUUCUGCAGAAUCCAAUGACAUUAAAAUUUUUUCUGAAUGGCUCUUGGAACUUGGUGAUGGAAAGUUAAAUAGAUCUGGAGAUGGGGAAUCUACCAUUGAGAUUCCCGAUGAUCUUUUGAUUCUUGAUUAUGAAAAUCCAUUACAAAGGUUGAUUGAUUUCGCCUAUCCUGAUAUAUUGCACAACUUAGAAAUUAAAAACUACAAUUUUUUUGAAGAAAGAGCUAUUUUGGCACCAACCUUAGAAAGCGUAGAAGCAGUUAACAAUCAACUUCUUUCCAAAAUUCCUGGGGCUAUGAAAGAUUAUUAUAGUUGUGAUAGUACUUGCAAGUCAGAUGAAGACACUGAGAUUGAAGCUGAAUGGUUUACCAGUGAAUUUUUGAAUAACAUCAAAUGUUCUGGCAUACCGAAUCAUAAAUUGAGUUUGAAAGUGGGUGUGCCUGUUAUGUUGUUGCGUAACAUUGACCAAGCUGGAGGACUUUGCAAUGGCACUCGAAUGAUUGUAAAGGCAUUGGGGAAAAAUGUUAUUGUUGCUAAUGUAGUUAGUGGAAAACAACUUGGGAAGGAUGUUUUAAUAUCUAGAAUGGAUUUAGUUCCAACUGACUCUGGUUUGCCUUUCAAGUUUGUAAGGAGACAAUUUCCUAUUUCUUUAUGUUUUGCAAUGACUAUUAACAAAAGUCAAGGUCAGACUCUUUCGCAUGUGGGAUUGUAUUUGCCUAAACCAGUAUUCACUCAUGGGCAGUUAUAUGUUGCAUUAUCGAGGGUGAAAUCAAGAAAAGGAUUAAAAAUCUUGAUUUUGGAUGAAGAUGGUUCCAUUUCAAAGGUUACUAGAAAUAUAGUAUACAAAGAGGUGUUUGACAAUAUAUGACCAAUGCGAAAUCAAAAAUCUGUUUAAAGUGUGAAGUGCAGGAGAAUAAUAAUUUUAUUCUGCUUAUUUCAUAAUUUAUGUAUAAUGGACAUGUUAUUUAUAGACACUAUUUUAUCACUGAAAUUACUAAUGUAUUUUACUCACAAUGGUUUGUUCACAUUUUUUAGCGCACACCUAUUUACUACGACUCUCACAGUUAUA